GUUUGUGUAAUCUAUAUCGCGCUUUUAAGAUAUACGAGCUAUUCGCCGGCGCUCGUCUAGCUGGGACUUAUAUAAAGGCACGCGUACGACGCGUACGCGGCUAUACCGGUGCCGCGUGUUGUCCGCGAUGCUUACCGGCGAUGUGACUGAAAAAUCCGUAACGUAUCCGCGUGCGUGCACAGAAUGAACGUAACUGUGAGAGAUCCACUCCGCGCGGUCCACGAUUUCCUGAGGCGCACCGGGAAACUCUGGUACCUCGUCGAUCCCCGGGAGACGACCUUCGAGUUCCUGCACGAGGUGCCGGACUAUCACCAGCAGAUAUGGAUGCCGUUCUUCCUCCUGCUGAUUCUCGAGCAGAUUACUUUGGGAAAGAAGAGGUUUCGUGUGAACGAUCAAGUGACUUCGCUAUCGCACUGGGUGCUCCAUGAAACUGUCAGAGUCUUUUCGCGCGGCGCCGAGUAUUAUGCAUAUAUCGCGAUCUACGAGAAAUUCGGCAGGAGAUGGGACCUAGCUUGGGACUCGCCGUGGACAUGGUACAUUACUUUCAUUGCCGUGGACUUCUGUUACUAUUGGGCUCAUCGCAGUAACCACGAGAUUCACUUCUUGUGGGCCCAUCAUCAGGUGCAUCACAGUAGUGAGGAGUUCAAUCUCGCGGUUGGCCUGCGGCAGUCCAUUUUGCAACACUGGUGCAACUUUGUAUUUUACCUGCUGCUCGCCUUCUUUAUACCACCGUCGCACUUUAUGGUUCACAAUCAACUCAACUUGAUAUACCAAUUGUGGAUACACACGACAGUCAUCCGUGAUCUCGGACCGCUCGAAUUGAUUUUUAAUACGCCCAAGCACCAUCGCGUUCAUCACGGCUGCAAUCUUUAUUGCUUGGACAAGAACUACGGGGGCAUGCUUAUAAUAUGGGAUCGAAUGUUCGGUACCUUCCGAGAGGAAGAACAGAGCGAAGAGAUAGUUUACGGCCUCGUGGUUAAUGCCGAUUCAUUUAAUGCAUUUUAUUUGCAGCUAUUUUAUUUGAAAAAUUUGAUUAAGAAGAGCCUAAGUAUGGAUACGUGGGCCGAUAAGCUCGCCGUUUUCUGGAAAGGGCCCAGUUGGUUUCCAGGUGGACCGCGUUUGGGUCUAGACGAAUUUAAAAUAAAAGUGGAGCCUAGACCUGCAUACGAUCCACACGUACCAGAUUGGCAAAAAGUGUACGUCAGCUUGCAGUUUCUGAUGGUUUUUCUCAAUCAUCAUCAACUGUACAAGACUGAGAAUCUAAAUGACCUCUCGACAAUAUUCGCAGUGGCGAACAGUUUCGCCGCUCUCGCCAGCGUCGGCUUGUUACUUGACAAGCGUGCGUUUAUAUAUCCCUUUAUUAUUGAAUUUGCGCGUUGCAGCGUAUACGUGUACUUUGUACGCGCAACGCAUCAAGAUAAUUUAAUUGCCUGUUGGACGUAUUAUAUACAUCUGUUUCAAUUGACUUUUAUCUGGUUACCUCACUUUGUACAUAAAGCUUAUGAAUAUUUUUUAUGUGCGUUUAUUCAUGGACGCGCGCACGCUAUUAACGUUCAAGAGAAAAAUCAGAAAGAUGCGCAGUAGGUUCGAAGCACAGGAAAGCUAGGAAGCUCUCCGCUGGAGAUCAGGAUUCGCACGGCCGGGAGAAAUAAACGUGUACUUGCGAACUUUAGAUAAUGCACAAAUGUAUAUUUUCACCGUUAAGGAAACAAGCUUUUCUUUAAAUGACAUUAUUAACUUGUAAUAAUACGUAGUGCGUCUGUAAAUAUCAUGUAAACAUAAUCGAUAACAUUGUAAUUCUGUAUUUCAUAAAACGGAUAUAUAAGUUUCGUCAAAC